AUGUCCGCCGCGCACGAUAAGGAAAACAUUGCGGAGGGGCUUUCCGUAGCCUCGCCCGCCAAGUCUACCACGCUGUCGCCGAAGAAGUCCGGCGGCCGCAAGACGCGUAGCAAGAGCAUCGGCCCUGGCGGCCUCGAUGUGCCAUUGAAGGAAUCGGGCGGCAAUCGCAGAAAGUCUGCCAUGCCUGCUAUGCCCGUGAAGUCCAUUCUUUCCCGCGAAGAUGAGGUCAAGCGACGUGAAGAGCGUCGUAAAUCCCUGGCCAAGCGACGCGUCUCGUUUGCUCCUGAAGCUACUCUACACACCUGGGAUGUCAUUGAAUACAUGCGCGAUGCGACCACAUCUUCCGCCUCCUCGAACUCCACGCGUCGCGCGUCAAACGCCACCCAGGAACCCUCCUCGCCCGAGCGUGGCAUUCGCUUCUCUGGACCAGACUCGGAUCCUGCUGAACCGCCUUCGACACCUCCGGAGCAGCUCGAAGAUGAUCUCCCUUCUUCAUCCCCGGAGAAGCAACGCGACUUACACCAGAAGAAACGGCGCCGCAGCUCGGGCGUUCCCCCCAUGAACUUCAACAACCCGGACGAUGAGCUUUCGUCAAGCCCCUAUAGUGGAAGUUCAGCUCCUGGAAGCGACGAUAUCGAGAUUGUGUCGGAUGAUAAUGAUGACGAUGAUGAUGGGAGUACAAUGAUGAGCUUGGACACUGGGGACGAGCCUACGGCAGCCUCGCUCGCUUCGAAUGACUCUACGGGCUCCAGCGCGCGGCUGGAUGCAGCUCUCAGGCAAGCAGCGGAACAGGCAGGGACACAGCGCUUCCAAUACGAGGAUGAAGAUGACGGAGAGGCAUCCAUGGAAUUGGCCGGCGAUGAAAUUACAGCUGCUUUCAAGCCAUGGGUUCAGAGGACAACAUUCUCCGAGGACAAGGAAAACGCUCAGCCGGACCCCUUCGCGUUUAAGCUUCCAGGGCCGGACCAGGACGAUGACAGCGAGGGGGAAGAGAUGAGCAUGGACAUAACACGUGCAAUUGGAGGAAUUGUUGGAGCACCCCAAGAGAAGGAACAAGAGCCGAGCCCAGAGCCGGAAAAUGUAACGAUGGAUUUCACAACGGCCAUUGGCGGCAUUCAAAGCGAGGAAACAUCCACACGUGCCGGAACCAAACGGCGGCGCUCUGUUCUCCCAUCAGCUACAGAGGAACAGGGAAGCCCUGCCAAGCGACAAGCUUCACGUCGUAUGAGCAUUAGGAAAAGGAGAUCGGUGGCGAAUGAUGAGCCACUUGAAGAUGGCACCAUGGAGUUUACCACCGCAAUUGGAGGGAUCAAGUCCGCCCAGGCACAAGACAAAAAGGAUCGGCGGGAAAGCAUGAGCUCCGCUUUUGACGAUGCGACUAUGGACUUCACAAUGGCCGUGGGCGGCAUCAAGAACAACAGAAACAACCAAGAGAUCUCAGCGGACGAUACCAUGAUGAGCAAAGACGACAACGAGGAUCUCUCCAUGGAAUUCACGGCGAUCCUGGGAAAGAUCCAGAAUGCGCAGCAGGAUACCCCAGCCACUCCGGAGUCCAAAAAGACUGCUGCGGCGACACCACCUAGCAAGCGUGGAAGCGCUGCGAGAUUUACGAACAAUCACCCUGAAGUUCCCAGUCCCUCGCCGAUGAAGGUCAGCAAUGCCGCAAUUGCCAAAGCUGAGAGUCCUAUCGCUGCCUUGAAGAUCCACAGGGACACAACUCCUAAGAAAUCCCCGAGGAAGUCGCCACAGAAAUCGCCUCGGAAGGCAACCCAGCAAUCGCCACGUCGAUCGCUUCGAAGGAGUGGUGGGCCAGCGCAAACGGAUGUCGCAACGACUCCCGAACCUGUGUCAGUUGCGAACACGCCCCAGCAGCAAACGCCUGAGAAGUCAAUGGAGGAGUCCAUUGCCGAAGCUCAGGCUGCGCUGGAAGAAGAAAUGGUGGAGGAGCGCGCUGCUACGCCCGUUGAAGCGGAGACCACUACCCCAACCAAAGAGCCCGCGCCAAGAGCGGCAUCGAUUCCGUCGCUGAUGGACUCUAUCAAGCUUCUUUCAACACCUCGGAAACAGGUAUUCACGUCGCCACUCAAGCGUGCUGUUGCCGCAACACCCCGUGAGGCAGCAUCUCAGAAGACUCCGAGCCCAAAAAAGACCCCUUCACCGAAGAAGUCGUCAUCCCCUCAGAAACAAGUCCAAUUCGGUGUAGAUGAAGUGCAAUACCCUACUUUGCCGGCCGAGGAGGAAAACAACGAUGAAGCUGUGGGUGAGGAAGAACCAGUGGAGCAGAUCCAGCUCCAGGAGUUCCUGGAGAUGACUGGCAUCCGCUUCAUGGAACUAACCACCACCAAGCGGAGACACACGGGCUAUCCCGGUGCUCAAAAUGCGUUCGGCAGGAGUGCUAGCCUCAACGCUGCCGAGAUUGAGGGCAAGGACGACUUGGAGACCUGCGUCGUGGCUGCCGCGUGCACAGAGCCAGAAUACCUCAUGUACCAGCAUGCGUGCCACGAGCUCAAGAAAUACAUCUCCGAGGGCAAGAAUCUUGUUCGUCAGAUGGAAGAGGAGGUCUACGAGGAGAACCCAGUGCUGUUCCGCGACUACAUGUCAGCGCCUGCCGACCAGCGCGCGGUCAUGGAUAAUCAAUUCAAGAACAUGAAAACGAACGCACGCCUGAGGACCAAGGAAGCUUGGUACGGAUGGCGGAGCAACCUACUCCGUGACAUCAAGGCGGGUCUGACGAGGACAGCCGACAGCUUCAACCAGGACGAUGUGGCACUCAAGAAGCAGGAGCAGAUCAUCGACUCCACUUUGCCAGGGCUUCAGGAUCGUCACGCGCACCUCCAGUCGGAAUGCAAACAACUUCAACGUCGCGCCGAGGAGCUGAACGGCCCUGACAGAGAAGAGCUCGACGCUGCCAGGGAGCGCAUCAUCGCCGCCGAAGCCGCCAUCGAGGAGAAGAAGCGCAAGGUGCAGGAGUUGCAGCAGCAGCUCGCCGAGAAGGAGACUCGCAUCGAGGCCGCCAAGGAGCGGAAGGUGGAGUGCAUCGAGGAGACGCAGGAGGCCGAGCGCGUGCGUGAAGAGUGCCGUGGCUGGUCUGUCGACGAAGUCAACGGGGUCAAAGCCCGGGUGACGGCGCUGGAGAAGGCGCACGGGUGGACUAUCACGUCGGCCAGCGCCUCGCCUGAGAAGACACUCACGAUGAGCUACCGCAACGACCUGCAGCUCUUCUUCCACCCGGGCGCCUUCGCGCCGCACGCACCCUCGCCCUCGUCGCCUAACGGGCCCAUCAGCCUGACGUACAUCGGCGACGCCUCGCUCACCACCACCAAGCGCUUCUUCCUGCAAGUCCUGCGCGCCAACCUGCACUGCCUGCCGCAAGCCACGACGCGCGUGCCGCGCCUGCUCACGCAUAUCGCCCGCGGCUGGGACGCGUGCCGCCUCGUCGCCGCCAACGCGCGCCGCCUCGCUCUCGCGCACGUCACCGACGAGCUCAUCCUGUCCGACGAGCGCAUGGCCGUCCACGCCGCCGUCCUGCUGCCCUCGGUCCAGUCCAAGGUCCGCAUCGCCUUCGAGAUCGCCGUCGCCAACCUCGACGACGACCCUUCCAAGGACCUGCACGCCGCCGUCUCCGUCGCCGCAAAGGCCGUCUACGGCGAGGCGUACAAGGAGGCCAAGAUGGCCGAGUUCAUCCAGCAGUACGUCGGCCGCGACGUCGUCGUGGGCGCUCCUGGUGCUGCGGAACCGAAGCCUAGUUGGGGAGAGGCGGUGGGUGAUUUGAGGGAGAGGUUGAUCGCGAGGGGGAAGAAGGGGGGACGGAUUGAUUGA